UCUCUUAUUUUUCAUUGUUUAUACUAUAUAUAUAUUUUUUAUUGAAAAGUACUUUUCUAACAUUUAAAAUACUUAGUUGGGCUCACGUGUAACUCCCCCCUAAAUAAUAUAAAAGCUAUUGUCAUUGUUGGGUUUUUGCGCUACUGCAGGGAACAGUGAUAUUAAAAACCCUACCCAUUGUCAUUAAUCCCACUUUCAAAUUCUUCAAAAAUUUAAAUUCAUAUCAAAGACGCUCCCCUCUUUCCUCUCCCCUCCUUAAAACACAAGCUUCAAUACUCGUAUUUACAUUACCACUUCCCCCCCUCCCAUGAAACCGCAGUAUGCCGAACGUCUACCGGUCCCACAGCGUACAGUGCUAUCAGUAGAAUACCCGGGUUUUGUCAAAGAUACUGAAAAGGCCAUUCAGUCAAUCGGCGGUCGCGAAAAGCUCGCACGCGAUGUCGCCGAAGACGUCGGAGCGCAAAUUGAACUACGCUACCGCUACAACGACCCAACAUCGCACCCGAUCAGUGGCGAAAUAGUUGCCACAGAAAACCUACUAAUCAAAGUAACCAGGCACAUCAAAAAGGUUAAAGGCCGACCACUAGAUGGUACUGAAAAAUCCAUCCAGACUUCGGCGCAGAUCAUCGGGAUUAUUGAGAAAACCGCCCGGUUUCGGAAAUUGGCUGAUUUUCAAUAUGUUAUGCCGAGGAAUGAUCCGUUGACUACCUUGACGCGCGUACUUCAGGGGAUGGAUCUGGAGGAGGCUAAGACUCUAGGGAGAAGCGAUACUUUUGAGGGCAAUCUGGAUGUCAGCAGUGCAUAUAUUCCGGCACCAUUCCUUGACCGCGCAGGAUGGCCGGCACAAUUCCCAUUAAAGGCCGCAAGCGAAGCCCAGCAGCCCCUGCAGGAGGACGAAGCAAAGGAGACAGAGAAUGAUAAUAAAAAGGCUGCGGUUGCGCGCUAUAAACUGGCAUUCCACGGAAUUACAAUCAAAUUCAACGCACCAAAUGUCCCUACGGAGCCCAGCCCGGAGGCCCUGGAGGAUCAGGCGUUUAUUCCGCAAAGAACCUUGGACAAGGCCAGGAGAAUUAUAGAGGAAAACCCAGUUGUCGGCCGUAAUGUCAUGGAAAUCCUGCUGCCUAUUUCGGAGCGCGGCGGAAUCAAAGUCAGUAUUAUCAUGUCCACUAUGGCAUAUAUUAUGGAAACCGGACCGUGGCGCAGCUGCUGGAUUAGAUUCGGCUACGACCCGCGCACAGACAAGGAAUCCUACAAGUACCAGAUCCUGGACCAACGCCGCGUGCACACAGCAAUAUCUGGCGGCCGCCCCCGCACCGGCCGCCCGCGCGGUGCCCCCCAAGCACAGAGCGAACCCGGAUCACGCAACGCCGUCCAAGCGCAGAAAUACAUCUUUGACGAAGAAACUGCACGCGAAGGCGUUUCCGGAAUGUUCCAGUUCCGUCAUAUAGAACUGCCAAUGAUAAGGCAACUCAUAGAGUAUCCUGCCGGUCGGCGAAAGAGACCGUGCGAAAAAUCCGGCUGGCUGCAGCCCUCAGUGCUCAAUACGAUUCGCGUAAAGAUUCGUAUACUCCGCAGGUUUUUCGAAGAGGGACUUGCUGAGUAUCCAAAGGAACUCCAGUCUGUGGAUUAUUCUGAGUUGGAUAAACAGAUAGAGAUGGAUCGUCAGGCGGAGGAUGCUGUUUUUGCUACGGAGCUGAUGUUGAGGGAACGGGAGGAGAGCUCGCUACGUGGCCAGGCGACACAGGAUACUCGCGACCGCGUCAAUGCUCGUGUGGACGAGUUUAUGAAAGAGCUUGGAACCCAGAACCACCCGGGUGCUGCUGACGCAAUAGCCGACGUGUAUGACUCUGAUAUGGCCGAGUUUGAUAUUUACGGCGAGGAGAGCGAUGACAUGGAUAGCGACACCGGGGGAUUCGGAAUAUGAGGUGUGUGUGUGUUUGAGUGAAUCCAGCAUAAGCAUAGAGGUUUGAGCAAAGAUUCCUAAAAAACAGGUUUUUUUAAAUAAAAAAUAUUAUUGU